UUCACUGUGACUAAUCUGUUCCUAUUGAACACGGUGAUAUAUCCUGGGUUACGACAAUGGUGUUGGCGAAUGGAAAGCUGCAUGCGCCACUACGCAUGAAUUUACACUACUUCCUCGUUUACAAAACCGUACGGCUCCAACUAAAUGACACAUUUCGAUUGUUAAGGAGUGGGUGCAGUGGAAACCACCCAUGUUUACCUAUCAGACAGUUGAACAUCUCUCGUAAUAGAAUGGACAGUGAGAAGAACAUUGAAAAUAGGUCUAUUCACUCGGACAACGUCGAGGAAGUUCAUAACGUGCCGAUGGAAGUUAUCAUACGACCAAUCCCUCCUCUACUAGAUGAGUCCAAAGUUCAGAGCCUUAUGGGUACAAUCCAGGAAUCUACAGACAUCAGCAUUGUUCCUCCUAUUGAUAUACUCUGGAUCAAGGGCAGUGAAGGAGGGAAUUACUACUACUCCUUUGGAGGCUGUCACCGGUUUGAGGCAUACAAACGGUUGAAAAUGAACACCAUUCCAGCAAAGAUCUUCAAAUCAAAUGUUGCAGACCUACGCACUUACUUGGGCUCUUCAACCCCAGACCUACAUUGAAGAAGUUGGGGCGGUAGGGUAGCCUAGCGGAUAGAGUGUUGUACUAGUAACCAAAAGGUUGCAAGUUCAAAUCCUUGAGCUGACAAGGUACAAGUCUGUUGGUGUGCCCCCUGAACAAGGCAGUUGAAAAUUAGAAUUUGUUCCUAGUGAAAUAAAGGUUUUAAAAAAAGUUUAA